UCUUUCUUCAAUAAGCAUGAACUGUGCAUGCAGGUGCUCCUCAAAGCGGGCAGAGAGGGAGUGUACUAUAAGGCCAAAAUGUUACAUAGUACGUGUAAGGGAUACACUAACGUAACCUGCAAAUUAAUAAAGGAAGCUGUACCAAAGAAGAAGAUCGAGAGAGAGGUGAAGAUCUUGAGGACGUUGGGAACACACAAGAACCUGCUUCAACUGUUGGACUGGAAUAUCACUGACACUCCAUACACAUUGAUCAUGGAGUCAGUGAACUGUGGGACCUUGCGCAGCUUCCUCCAAGUCAACAAGGAGCGGCUGAAGAGAGAGAGUAACCUGCAGACCCUCCUGACCACAGUAGCGUAUCACAUCGCCCAUGCCAUGCUUCACCUGAGCUCCAAACUGGUGAUCCACUGUGACCUGGCCCUGAGGAACAUCAUGGUCAACAGUUUCCCCUCUGAGGUGAAACUGACAGAGUUUGGCCUGGCCAGAGACCUCACCUACAUGAGGAGCCGUCGUGGGAUUCAAAAAGGCGUCGACAAGAACAAAGUACCUCUACGCUGGUAUCCUCCUGAGUUCUUCCAACACAAAACCUACAGCUUCAAAGGAGAUGUCUGGUCCUAUGGAAUUCUUCUGUGGGAGAUGGAAACUUUUGGUACCUUGCCGUAUCCAGAUAUGGCCACUCCUGAUGAAGUGAUACGUAACGUCUGCUCAGGAUACAGGAACAUAGAUCCAGAGUCUUGCAGGCCAGAAAUAUGCCAAUUGAUGAGAUCUUGCUGGCUGGAUCCCUUCAGUCUUAGGCCCUCUUUUAAAGACAUUGUCAGGGUCCUGGAGAACAUUCUGGAAGAUGAUCAUGAUUAUGUGAAACUGGAAAGCAUUGACCAGGCCUUUUUUGUGAGGGGUGAUCGGUGAAUGUUUUUGUCCAAGCUUGCACUUAUUUAAGGAAAAUGUACUGAUAGGCUACAGUAGAUUACCUUAAGUGCACACUUGCAAAUGCUUUCACUAAUAUAUUAAUUUUUUAUAAUAUCUAUUUUAUUUCCUAAAUAAAUCUGUAAUGGACACCGUUUGUUUAGUUAUUGAUUACUUAAUGGGGAACGAUUACAUUGCUGAACUUAAUUUUACCCCAUAAUUAU